AUGACCGCAAGCCCCACAGAAGUCAACUCCCUCGAUGUCCACAUCUACAAGAACCAGUCCGAAUUGGCAUACACCCUCUAUACCAAAGCAACAGAUAGAAACACAAUACUCAAAGCAGACAGUUUCCAUCCAAAACCCCUCAAGGAAUCACUACCACUCUCUCAAUUUAUGAGGGUAGUGCGUAACAAUUAUGAUCCUGUGAAUACCCCAAAACAGAUUAAGGAGAUGUGGACCAAAUUCAGAGACAACAGCUACAAAGACUCAACCCUACAACAAGUCACUGUGAUCACUGAUCCUAUAUGUCAGCCAGUGAUGUAA